UUUGUUUUUUCCUGUCAGCAUCGUGAGAGAGAGAGAGAGAGACUCGUCACAUGAUUGCAGGAUAUGGAGGUGUAUUUCCUGAUGACCUGAUUUAGAUUAAAGUAAAAAAUAAUAUAUAUAUAUAUAUAAUAUAUUAUCUAUCGUGUCGAGGUAUCAGACUAUCGGCGUUCACGCUCUGCCAUGGAGACAUUAGAGGCCACAUCAGAGCUCCAGUCCCGGCUGUCAUCACUAUCCUUCUCAUCGUUUCCCGGAAUAACAUCCAAACAGGGCGACAACCGACCGCUGGACAGGCUCCAGAGUACAGACCUUUCACAGAGCCAGCCCAAAAGCCAAGCUGACAUGGAUGACACCAAGGAGGAAUCAGGGCAACAUGCUGAGGAUAAUCAAGAAGCCCCCGCUGAGCUGGUCCUUGGGGAAGCAGGCGAGGAGAACAACAGCGCUGGGAGCUGCCAGCUCUCCGCUGAGAUGAAAGCCCAGAUGCCACCCCUGAAACUCCCAGAGACGUGGACAUCUGCUGCACUGAAAGAGCUGAAGGCGAAGCUUCGGAUGGAGGAGGACAGCGUGGUGACAGUGUAUCGAGGUGACAUCAUGACAGUUCAUGUACCCACUGUUCCCGAGGCUAAAAAAGUCUGCUGGGAGUUCGCUACAGACGGCUAUGACAUUGGCUUUGGCAUAUAUUUUGACUGGACUCCUGUCACGAACCGGUCUAUCACUGUGCACAUCAGCGAGUCAAGUGAUGACGAAGACGAAGAGGAGGAGCUGGAAGGGCAUGUCAGUAACGGAGAUGUCGAGAAGGGCUCCAAAACUCAGACCAACUCAAACUUGGCUGAAAUCUUACCUGUAUACCGCCAGGACAGCCACUUGUCCGUGAAUGGGGGGAGCCACGAAUUCCCAGGUGAAGGCACUUACCUCCUGAAGUUUGACAACUCCUACUCACUAUGGCGAAAUAAAACUCUUUACUACAGGGUUUAUUACAGUGCCUGAGAUGCCAAUUUAUUGUUUAUGAAUGUAUACUUUCCAGACUGCUCUUAAGAUCGAUGAACUAUUUUUGAUUCCAUGCUUAGAAAAAGAUGAAGUUAUAAUAUAAAAGGUUAAACAUAGGCAUAUCUAUUUUUUAUCACUAUCUGCUUGUGUUGCCACAUGUUGAAUUCAUGUACACGGUCAGAUAGUUUUGAACGUAACAUUUACUCCCAAUGUCUUGCUGGUAGAUAUUUGAAGAAGCCUUGCAUAUGUUCCCAUGUAUGCACUGUGCUAUUUGGUCAACUGCCCCUCAUAAAAACAUAUAUUGUCUUCAGCAGUAACAUUUCUAUGGUAGCAGCGAUCAGGGACCACCUGCACAGAAUCUAAUUCGCUCGUGCAGGUGCUUAAUCAGCUCUAAAGAUUUGUGUGUGUGUUUGUGUACGCGUGCACCUUCUCUGCUCACGUUUCUUUGUUAUUGUUACUUGUAUUUAUCCUCCUGCUUUGCAGCGUAACUUAUUUUUUAUGUGUGUUUUUGAAUUGAAUCAUGUUGUGAUGGAGAAUAUAGUUAUACAAACUCUGUGCACAGACCUAUCUACUGUCGUCGUGGCGUGUUGGUAAAAGAUAUGUUGAAUGUACUGAAGCAAGUGGUAAGAGUUUUCCAAAAUGUGCUUUUUAUGACACAAAUAAAAGUCAUCCCUUAUCACAUAAAGCUCUUAUUAUGUAACAUAGUAGAUUCAAUAUUUACAUUUGCCUCACCUCCCACCUUUUAAUUUGCUGUUUCGAAGGACCGAGCAGGUUGUAAUGUUUCAUCUAAAUGUAUUUUGUGCACAGGUCUAUGUAAGUAAAGGUCAGUGUGUUUGUUUUAAUAUCCUCGGCGCAUCAGGCUUACUUACAUGUGUUGAAUAGCCUUGUUCCAUCCUGUUAAAAAACCAGAGCUUCUACCACAACUCAUUUGUGCGCAUGUUCCCAAAGAUGUCACAGAUUUGACAGUGUAAAGCAACUGGUUUUAAAGCUUCACACAUUUACUGUAUUGUAGCUUUACUGUACGUUAUGAUGAUGAUUUGUUCUUGAAAUUUAUAUUCCACAAUAAAGAGAAGAUUGUCUAGCUUUC